AUGUCGGGCCAGUCUGAAAUGCAGACCCUCAAGGAGGAAAUCGAAUUUCUUCGACGGGUUCAUCAGCAAGAACUAGGCGAGCUGCAUCGCUCACUGGAAGAGGUGGGCCGCGGUGUGGAUCGCGAGGUCUGGCAGAGUGAGAUGAGCCAAGCCAUUCGCGACAUCCAGGAUCGCUACGACAUUCAGCUGGAAAAAUUACGCACGGACAUGGAUGAAAUGUACAAUGCACGGGUGAGUGGAACAAAAAGUCUAAACUACGAGUUGUUCUACAGAAUCGGAAGGCAAAAGUACCCUCGUUUUAAUUUGGCAUACGAUUUGACAUUCUGCACAUGGUGGGUAUAUUUUCAGGUAAUUUAUGAAGCAUCGUAA